CUGACCGUCUGUGCUUCCACAAAGCUGCUACACUUAGUGAGUCCCCUGGUGAAUCAGCAGGCUAAAAAGAUUAUUAUUUUCUUUGCAAAAAAAAAAAAAAAAAGUUGACCGGUAAGUCUUGCUGCCUUAGAGAGACAGUAACAUCUUGACAUACCCAAACACUGGUAAUUGGAAGCUUGUUAAACUGCAGCUAUGAAGCCUAUGAGGUCUAAAGCCAAUGGUGCUCAGAAUCCAAAUUGCAGCAUAAUGAUAUUUCAUCCAACCAAAGAAGAAUUUAGUGAUUUUGAUAACUAUAUUGCAUACAUGGAAUCACAGGGUGCACACCGCGGAGGUGUGGCCAAGGUUAUUCCACCCAAGGAGUGGAGGGCCAGAAAGACCUAUGAGGACAUCAAUGACAUCUUAAUACCACUCCCUCUCCAACAGAUAGUCUCUGGGAAGGCAGGGGUCUUCACUCAAUACCACAAGAAGAAGAAAGCUAUGAGCGUGGGCGACUAUCGCCAACUAGCAAACAGCAACAAAUACCGGGCCCCAGCCCAUCUCAGUUUUGAGGAUUUGGAGAGGCUCUACUGGAAGAACCGCCUUUAUGGUUCUCCAAUUUAUGGGGCCGACGUCAGCGGCUCCUUAUUUGAUGAGAACACGAUGCAUUGGAACCUCAGAAGCCUGGGCACCAUUCAGGACCUGCUACAGCAAGAGUGUGGCGUGCUCAUCGAGGGCGUCAACACCCCCUACCUCUACUUCGGCAUGUGGAAGACCACCUUCGCCUGGCACACGGAGGACAUGGACCUUUACAGCAUCAACUACCUGCACUUUGGCGAGCCCAAGACUUGGUACGCCGUGCCCCCUGAGCACGGGCGGCGGCUGGAGGAGCUGGCUGCACAGCUCUUCCCUGCCAGCGCCCAAGCCUGCCGGGCCUUCCUGCGCCACAAGGUAGCCCUCAUCUCGCCCAGUGUGCUGCGGGAGAACGGCAUUCCCUGCCAGCGCAUCACCCAGCAACCCGGCGAGUUCGUGGUCACCUUCCCCUAUGGCUACCACGCGGGCUUCAACCACGGCUUCAACUGUGCCGAGGCCAUCAACUUCGCCACCCUGCGCUGGAUCGACUAUGGCAAGGCGGCCUCCCAGUGCAGCUGCGGGGAGGCCAGGGUGUCCUUUGCCAUGGACGCCUUCGUGCGCCUCCAGCAACCCGAGCGCUAUGAGCUGUGGAAGCGUGGGCUGGACCGGGCACCUGUGGACCACACACAGUCCACGGAAGCAGCCAGCAAGGGGCUGAGAUCCCAGAGGAAAGAUCGCACAUUGCGAACGGCUGCCUUGGGUUUGAGGCGCCUCCGGCACUGCCAGGUUACAAAACUGCCUAGGCCCUUGGCCAUGGGUGGUGGGACCCGCUUCCGGGCACCAGUGAGCAAGGUCCCCCGGCGUUCAUUGGCUGCCCGAGCUUCUACAACACAGCCCAGGGCCCCUGUCUGCAGUUCCCAGAAGCCGGACCCAGUCCCUCCCACUUGCCAGGGAUCCUUUAGUACAGAUGUCCAUUCAACUGUCAGUAGUGGUCAUGGUUGUCAUGCUCAGGAAUUCGAAGUUCAGGAGCCCAGCCACCAGUCUCUAGCCAAGAGGCGUCUCUCUUUGAACAGAGCACGCCCGGCCUCAACUCCCACCUGCAGAAAAAGCCUUGAUGGCCAGCACUGUCCUUCUCAACCUGAGGCCUCUGCUUCUUGCUAAAGUCUUGGGAUACUGCCCUAAGCCAGUCCCUUGAGCCCAGGGCUGCCUUACCCUCCCAUGCUCUGCAGCGUGGAGGUUUGCUGGCACUCUUAUACAUACAGGUAAGCUCUGAGUAAGUUUGUAUAUCACUGGUCAUGCACAAGCGUGUCUCCCAGUUGAUGUUCCCAUAGAUCCACAGUGCUGAGUCUCUGGCAGUUGCCAGUUUGACCCAGUCUGACCAUCCAUUAUCCUUCUACCCUGACCCCGGAAUAUCUUGGACUCUUUACAUCUGUCUCUCCUCCUGAGGUUUCAGCCACCGCUGUGUCUCUGAGAGUUAGGGUCCCCAGUGAUGACUGGAACGUGUUCCCGGCCAUGCUCUAGUGACAUCAUUGGCCAGCAGAGGAACCUGUGCUAGCACAGCAAUCUAGACUUUGGUUUUCCUUCAAGGUCCCUCUUUCUCACCACUCUGAACACAAUUUAUGCAAAAUAAAGCAGUUUUGAAUUGAGUUUACUGAGUCACAGAAAGAAAUUAAUGGGUUAAGUGACGGUUGUAUUGAAAUGUAGUGUCAUCCUUAUUCAUGAAUAUUAAAGGUGAUCAAAUGUUAA